AUGGCAAAGGCGAAAUACAAUGGGCAUAAUGCGGACAAUGCAUUGCAGAUUGCCACUCAGCGGGAGCUCGAACUCCGCAAAGGCGAUGGCAGCCGCACAUGA